AGAACCCCGCAUACCUUGACAGCGAUCAGUCUGUGUACGAAAGCUCCUCUUGCAUCAUGUCUCAACGCCGUCCUCACCACUUGCCGUCCCUACAUCGGCCACCUCUACACCACCACCACCAUCACACUCACCACGCAGCUCAUCCACAACACCGCAUCGUGGGUGGGGUAGCCAACGCAGUUCCCGGUAACACUUCCCACUCAACACCCGCCACUUCUCCCCAACAGCAGAAUCCCCCCCAUUUAUUCUUCGGCGACCCGAACAUGCCGCCUCCAGUGUACCACGCACAAGCUCCUGGCAACCACAUAUCUGGUCACACCCUCCCCAACAACUUGUCCAAUAACGGCGCAAUGUCUGUAGCUUUAACUGGCCCCUACAGAGCCGAACCUCUUUAUUCUUGCCAGGCCCCGAGAGGUCACGAUCACGUAUACCAAUGUCCCGGUCACCGGGCCGACCACAACAACCACAUGGAGCAACUGGAACAGUUGGAACAGAGGCUCGACAGGCUACAGUUCCACAGGCAACAAGAAGAACCUCGUCCGGAGUACCAGUACGGCGGUAGUGAUUAUUCAAGUACAGAACCCAUUUACGCACAACCUCAGCAUCCUCCCGGGGAGUCUGUGCCUACACUAGCCUAUGUUCAAACAGGCCGCACAUCCUUGCGCAGUGGCGGCACGCACGGCACCCCUGCGCGGUUCUUGGUUCGCGCAGACAGUGUUGGGGCUUCGACUUCCUCGUCCACUUUGCCCACGGUGUCAGCGCUGCUGCCCCACGACCGUGCCCAUCAAGCUCUAGAUGCCAACAAGGCUUCACCAAGCACUCCCACGCCCACAAAGCUCAAAAGACAAGGAUUCUUGAAGGCUUGGCGGCUCAAAUUCUUGCGUGAAGAGAACGCUGCUAACGCCGGUGUCAACAACACCAGAAAAAGAGGAUGUCUCCUCUUCGUCGGACUUCUUGUGCUCGUGCUGCUCUUACUUGGAGCCAUGGCAGGCACUCUUUACGUUACCCUUGGUGGUGGUCUUGGUUCCAUCGGCGCUGAGUCUCCAAAACUUAUAGAAAUCACCGAAAAAGGCAGCAACGUCGUGACGGGAUCAUUCAGGAUAACAAACCAGAACUUCUGGUCAGGCUUGGAGGACAGGACAUCCGAGUCUUACAAAUACAUGGCUUCUUCUAUAGAAUCCGAGUUGGAUUCGCUGUUCCGAAGCAGUCCCUGGUCUCAAGAAUACAACGGGAGCGAAGUAGUGUCACUUUCGCCGGGAUCUUUGAUGGUUCGGACGCAUUUACGACUCAAAGUUCCCGAUGUUUCAGCUGCACAGAAGCUUGGCACUGCCUUUUUACGAGGGCUAACAAAACACCACGACCAUGACUGGCUCGGGCCGUUCACCGUAGACGUCAAUUCCGUCCGCUUUGCCGAGAUUUUAGUUGAUUCGCCAUCAUCGGCAACCACUCCCGUCUCCUCAGGGAUGCAUCGAGGACGUCGCCCGGAGUAUCCAGUGGCGCCGCGAGGUCCUCCAUCUCCCGAAAUUUCUGUGGGUUGGGGUCAGUGGGGUCCUUGGUCUGCGUGUAGUCCAUGUUCUCCUCAAUACGACCAGAUUAGGACACGACAAUGCAGACUCGAGAGCGGCCAAGGACUUCUUGUCAACUCCGUGGAGCCUUGCUUGAAAAACCGCGGUGCCGGUGGCAUGUCGGGCGAUAUGGAGACGCGAUCGUGCCAAUGCGCCAGCAAUGAAAUUCGGGAAGAAGAAGAACCUCCACCCACAACCAUCGCGCCUAGUAUUCCUACCACCCCUUCCCCUACCCCAUCCACCACAUCGUCCUCCAUACUUCCUCCUUUCCGGGAGCAGGACAGCAUCGGUCACGAUUCCCUGUCUCACGAGGCUUCAGAAAGCGAAAAAGAACGAAGCAGCAUCUGCGACAAGUGUGAACUCGGCGAAGUGUGCGUGGCCCUGCAAGACGAACCUCACCCCACGUGUCGAACCGCCCGGGAGCCCGCGGACCCUACGGGCUGUGGGGGGCUGUGUGCCGUUGACUCUGAAGUCUGCCAAGCCUUAGGCUCCCGUGCAUUCAAUUGCCACAGCGCUUCGCAGUGUCUUGAUGACGAGUGGCGGUGUGCGGACGGCCUAUGUAUUCCCAUCAUUAAAAGAUGCGACGGACACAUGAACUGUUAUGAUCAAAGCGAUGAACAGAAUUGCCCGUGUCGGGCGGACCAGUUUCAGUGCGGCAACAAUACGUCGUGUCUGCCGCUGACGGCGAGAUGUGACGGCAACAUGGACUGCUGGGACGGCGCUGACGAGCUCAGCUGUGCUGGAGGUUAGGCUUCUUGCUGCCCGCGCCCCGACUCCUCCGAGUUGUUCCCAUGCCGCAACGGCGACGCCUGCGUACCUCUUGCUCGCUUCUGCGAUGGUUUUGCCGACUGUUCUGACCGCUCCGAUGAGCCUUUCGGCUGCUCCGGCAAAUGUCAACGCCGUGAAUUUAGUUGCAGGAACGGGCGCUGCAUCCCACGGAGCCGUGUCUGCGAUGGGCAGGAAUCGUGCGGCGACGGCAGCGAUGAACAGGACUGCCAUCGGCCUGUCGUCGCUCUCGCACAGGGAGAGAGAACUACUCUCCUAAAUCAUCCCCUUGUUGACUUGAGACCAUUCGCUGGGUCCACCUCUACCCCUCGUUUUCAUCAGCGAUACGAGUAUCAUUUGAAAGAAUCCCCACAAGUCAUGGCAGAACCAAUGAAACUCCGCGGAAAUCCCGACCAAUUAUCUGUGUCUCUCCACAGGGAUGCUUCUCAAGAAAUCGUUGUUUUGUCUGAAAAACCAUUCGCGUCAUCUUUUUUUGACCCGAUGUUAAAUGCGGCUCCAAGUUCCAAUGACUUCAAUCCAUCUGAACAAGUCAGCGUAACAACUGAAGUUGGAGCCAGUUUCACUACCACUGAAACUUUUUUUAAUUCCCGGCCUGAGCUGAACGAUAAGGCAGAUGCAUCCAGCUUUGACAACAAAAAAGUCAUUGAAUUUUCUCAUAUCCGUCCUAUUCCAUUUACCUUUAGUGAUGGCUAUGAUCCUACCGUGAAGAAAUCGAACAGUUCCAAUGCAGGCAAUCAUUCUCAGAAAACCAAACCUCGUCAAGACUUUACCGGUGGUUCCCCGAAUGGUGCAUUUGCUUCUGUUGCUGGCGCUUCCACGGCUUCGAUAGAUCCUCGAGGAAAUGUUACUUCACCUCCUCUUGCUAGUGUGCCAAAACCAUCUUUUACUCUGGAUCGAGGCUGGCACCUCACUUCUCAAUUUAUGCCGAGCUUGGAUAAAUUCGCAGGAGGCGACGAUGGAUCUGUAGAGAAUGUUGAGUUCUCAAAUCGUGAUGGUACCUUGUCCGAGGAAACCGAUGUCUUAGCAGUUUCCGAUACUAGAAAUGAGACACAAGUCCAGGAAGUGUCAGGUCUCAAAGGAAUUACGAUUAACAAGGUCCGAGGCUCUCAAUAAUUAUACCUGCGCGUGUUCACCGAUCUCGAAACUCUGAGGUUUGGUAAUAAUCGCAGACUUUGAUAAUAACUGUGCUCACGUGUUCAUGAAUUUCUAUACCUCAAUUUUUUAAAAUAAUCAAGGCUCGAAGUUACUACAAUUGUGAAAUUCGCGUGUACAUGAGCCCAUGAAGAGUUGUCCCUUAUCCCAGUCAGUUUUCAUGGGAAAUAAUUUCAAUAUUUCUGGUUUUCUUGAAGAAUUUUGAAAAACCAUUCUCCCUCUGGCUCUGUUCUAAGCGCUGGGUGGUUUCGAAUGAUGUUUAGAACACGGUAACGCGUCGUUAUGAUAAGCAAAUGCCGCGAUUAGUUAUCGUGGCUCUAGUUGUUGAAUACCAAAGAAAUGAGUGUAUAUUUCCUCGUUGCUUUUAAGGCCUUUAGAUUAAAAAGGUUAUCUAGUCCCCUGUAGUUAUAUGGGCCGUUGUUUCUUUUGUAUUAUAGUAUGUUCGUUUGUGUGUCUAAAUGUAACUUCUUGGUAAUUUACAACAUCUAUACAGAUGCAGUGUCUUCAAUUUCAUAUUUUUCAUGGGUUUUAGUAUCAUUUAAAUACAUUUUACAUUUUAUGGACAUGUUAAAUCACUAGAGUUAAAAGAAAGGAUAAAAUUUUCUAGGCACUUAAUAAAAGCGGUAUUUUAAAUAGAUUCUGAAAAUAUUGUACCAUCAUCCAUUAUAUGUUUCUCCUCAAGCACUGCCUGUGAUUUUGACUUCAAGUUGAGAUUGCUUGUCCUAUGAGUUUUUGCCUCAAGUCCUGUAGAUCUCGUGGGUAUUCUUGUCGAUACGAGAAUAUCCUUAGACCUCUUGCAUUAAUUCUCUCUUAUACCUUCUUAACUUGAUUGCCGCCAGAAAUUAAGUCCAAAAUUUUAUGGAAUUUAUUAAUUUAUUCUGGCAAAAUCGUUGAUAAUUGGAAAAUUUUUGUAACACCGAUUGAUUUAGUAUUAUCAGUGUUGAUUGACAAGUUCAGACACUUUGUUUCGAGUCAUUUACUCCAUAAUGUUAAAAUUAAAAUUUUUUUAUUAAGCCGAUUCAUACAUUCGUGCUUACGUAACGUGACGCAUAAGAAGUCGUCCGAUGAUUUACUUAUUGCGACAUUUAUAUCUCUUAUUUCACACGUCACUGCUGAGGUAACCUGACUUUCAAGCAUUGCCGAUCAAGGACGUCAACUUGCCGGCAUUCAGUCAGGAUUUGAGUUAAAUUGAUUGCAUCAUUUGCACAGCCAACAAUAAACGUUCUGUGAAAAUCUUCCCGGAAAACAAGGGUAAUAAGGUUCCUUGCGCCAAUGAAAUAAAGUAUGUAUUGUAAUCUUUGUAAUAGAGAUUUACAAAGUGGUUUUUGGAACCGUGAGGUUUUCUGUGUAAAAUCUUCAGCGAUGGGAAGUUUUUGGUUCGAGAGUUCAAAGCUCGACUCAGUGUAUUUACGAGUUGUUGUGGAAUGUGUUAUACUAACUGAAAAUGAAAUGUGUUUUGGAUUGUAUAACUGUUUCUGAAGCAAAGCAACAUUAUAGAACUUAAAGUCUGAUUGUUGUUUGCAACUUUGAAAAGAUGUGAUCGUGGUUAAUUUGUUUUGUACGUCAAUUGCAAUCGCGCCGAUUUGCUCACUAUAAUAAUAUAUACUUGAACUCUUAGGACUAUUUAGUUUUUUGAGCGGGUUUGGAUAAUUCAAUUUGAAAUCGGUGACAUUUUAUUGGUGCCUUCCUCGACGACGGCCAUGUUGUAGCAACUAGGGCGUUAGUGGCCAUUUGAACAUUGUACCUCUUUUGCAACCGUGUAUGGAGUCCCGAUGAUCAGCAUUCUUCGGUUUAACUGAAGAAUUCUACAUUUUGAAUUCAUUUUACGUUAUUUUAUGGUGUUAUUAAGAAUAGAGAGAGGUUUUACUGAAUUUUUCUCAACGUCUUGAUGUUCUUGGAAAUUUGUUUAUUCGUGUAGUUUUAUUGUCAUUUCUUAUCUGAAGCGCAUUUGAGGUUCGCAACACACGCAUCAUUUAAUAUUUAUUGAAACGAGUUUGAUUUGGAAUUUCACUUAAAAUAUUGCAAUCAUCAAGCCUUAUUUCAAGACUAAAAUGUCAAGUGACUAGUUGUACGAAAAGGCUCGGCCUACAAACUCGAGUUUUAUCAGCAUCAGCUCCAUCAUGUCCAAUUGUGUAUCCGAGAAAACAUAUGCAACGCAUGGCUAAACCUGUGCAUCGUAUAUUUUUCCAGUAGUUAACUGAAGAAUGAUUUGAUGUGUAAAUUACUGUAGAAGUACAGCGUUGAGGUUGUGAACUUCUUUGUCCGGGCAGCGCUUUGCAAACUGCUUGCGUGCAUUCAUUGUUUGAAUAGGAAAUUCCUGAUCUUCACCUCAACCAGAGCCUUUUUUAUACGUAACGGCAUAUUUUAUUAUAUGGUCUUUUUUUACUAUAGUCUUUUUUCCUAAUUUGCAGUUGUUUGACCCUGAAACAAGCUUGAUUUAUAAGAAAUUUGGUGCAAGUUCUGGAAUUUGUGUGUGUGCGUUUGACCAUAAGAUCGGUUGAUCAUUUUUGAAAAGCCUACAACGUGGAUAAUAAAUAUUUGCAGUGUUUAUUAUUCAUUCUUGUAUUUUCAUACUUUUUGUAUUGUUAAAACCAAUACCCUCGACAUAUUGAAUUGUCAUUGCCUAAAAAGUUGCUUGGCAAAUUUCCACGUAUGUAAAGUCUCAUUGACGAUAAGGCUGAAUAUAAAUCGUGAUUACCCGUUGAUAUCGUUUCUGGUCGCAAGAAUGUAUUUGUUGCUAUUUUACAUGUUCGUUUACCAUGCGUGACAAUCUUUCGUAGAAUAGAUAUACUUGUCAAUAUUUAUAGUGUGUGUUCCGGAGACAAUAAUUGCAUAAUUCUACUGAUAAUUUCCGACGAAACCAAGAAAUAUCUUAGCUAAAAUGCGACAUCUCUCCUAGAUGCAGAAGUAUAAGUUGUUGUCUUCAAUAUCCUUUGAAAAGUAUACAAAUAACAUCGCGGUUCAAAAUCUUUGUUGCCUGAUUAUGAUUUAUUUUAACUUUGAUGGUAAUAAUAAUAAUAAUAAUAAUAAGCUUGGUGCUCAAUGCAACGCUGUUUCAGGAAGGGCAAGGAGCUUAUUUAUAAUCUUUUUCAACGACGGUGUUUUAACUCAAACUUUGUACGUCAAUGUAUUUAACACACAGGUCAUAAUUUAGGCUGUCAUACAAUUUGUUGAAAGCAAGUUCUGAUGAGGAUGGUUACCGAUUGUUAGAUCAAACUUGAGUUCUCUAAAUUUUAAUUAUUCAAUAAACUAUCGAGAAUAAUGUGAAUUUUUAAAAAAUAUUUUCUCUCUGAAAAUGGGGCUGCAUAGGCUGAGUGACGGGGGUUAAACUAGACGUGAAAACAACACCGCAGAGAUCACUUAUUUAUAAAUAGUCUUUUCGUACUAGAGGAUAAAUCAGUUCACAAUUAAAGAGCCGACCACUUGUUGAUGCAUCAACCGUUAUGUUGGAGCGUCUACCAGCAUAUCCUUCAUUUAUUCGUGAUGGCAAUUAUCUUCUGGGUUACAUCUGCAUUUUCGUGGUACUUUUUCUAUAAUUUUUCUAACUUCACUUCUUUCUUUUAACUUCACAAAAUAAUUUUGUGAAGUUAAACGCUUGUCAGUUUAUUCACAUAGGUUGCUUUUAUUUUUUUAUUCUAUUUUUAUGUAUGUGGCGCAUUUUAAUUUAGGUAGUUAGCACUCGCCUAAUAUAAUUGAUUUUUUGACGAUCGUUUUUCUAAUUGGAGUCGCUGAUUACAAGAGUCCAGUCCUAUUGUAAAUAAUGCAGCUUUAGAUAUAUUAACGGAUGGUAUUUUAAGGCUUAUGUGAUAUAUUUAUGUUGUACUACACUUUGGAAAUAUAAAGUUUUAUAAAUAAAUCUGAAAAAUAUU